AUGGACAGAGUAAGAAAAUUGGCAUCAGAAAAGGGAGUAUUGAUCUUCAGCAAAAGCACAUGCUGCUUAUGCUAUGCUGUACACAGGUUAUUUAAAGAACUUGGAAUAAAUCCUUAUGAACAUGAAAUUGAUCGUGAUCCAGAGGGAAAGGAAAUUGAGAAGGCACUACUAAGGAUGGGUUGCAAUGGCCCUGUGCCGGCGGUGUUUAUUGGCGGAGAACUGGUGGGAUCCACCAAUGAAGUCAUGUCCCUCCACUUAAGUGGCUCCCUUGUUCUACUGCUGAAACCCUAUCAGAAUGUGUCUUAA